AUGCGGGGUGCCUUGGUGAACCAUGUCGACGACAUCUUGCUCGCGGCCCCCAAGGAAGAGAUCAAGGAGCUGCAGAAGAGCCUCUCGGAGAUCUUUCCCAUCUCAGAGUGGGAGAGCGAUACCUUCGAGUAUAUUGGUUCGGACAUCGAGCAGAAUGACAACAGCAUCCACGUGGGACAGAGCAACUACGUCAAGUCGAGGUUGGAGACCGUGGACAUCCCGAAGGGCGUGAAUCCGGAAGAGGUGGCGGACGAGGUGACAAGGCUGGACAACCAGUCCGUGGUUGGAGGAUUGUCCUGGCUGGCAUCACAGACCAGGCCUGACUUGCAGACAGGGGUGUCGAUGGCGCAGAGAAAGCAAACACACCGUCUGAGCGAAGAACGGUGCCGGCACGUCGUCCCGAUCGUGCCGAUCACCGAUUGCAGAUCGCUCUACGAUACAAACGUGAAGGCGGAAGGGCUCCGUCGGAGCGACGGCCGGCGGACCUGGCAGCACUUCGGCAAAUCUUGGAUGCGGUGGGUGCCCACGGACUACCAGGCGGGACGAUGCUCACUAUGA